AUGUUUGGUGAACGUUUAUCUGCACUUAUUGCCUCCAAAAGACCGGCUCAAUCCCCAGAAGUUGAUCCUUCUACUCUCUCCAACUACUUCAACUUUAAGGUUGAUACACCAUCAGAUCUUCGUUUUGAUGUUAACUUCGACAAGAAGGUUGUUACCGGUUCUGUUACCUACAACCUUGAAGUUGUGAAUGAAACUUCUCAAGUUGUUUUGGAUUCCUCCUUCUUAGAUAUAACUUUUGUCAAGGUUGAUGGUACAUCUGUGACAAGUUUUAAGGUACUCCCACGCAGCGAGCCACUUGGCUCUGCUAUUGAGAUCGAACUUCCAUCCAAGGUUAGCCCAGGAGCUAAACUCACUUUGGAAGUCGGCUCCUCUACCACCGACAAGUGUACUGCACUUCAAUUUAUCGACAAAGAAGCCACUGAUGGUAAGAAGGCCCCAUACCUUUUCUCUCAAUGUCAAGCCAUCCACGCCAGAAGUUUGUUUGCCUGUUUUGACACUCCAGCUUUCAAGUCCCCAUACACCAUGCAAGUCACCAGUCCAUAUCCAUCUCUCAUGUCCGGAAGACCUACUGGUACCGAAGGAAACCUUUACAAGUUCAACCAACCAAUUCCUAUCCCAGCCUACUUGGUAGCUAUUGCAUCCGGUGACAUCACUAGUGCUCCUAUUGGUCCAAGAUCUCAUGUCUACUGUGAACCUCAAAACAUUAAUGCUUGCCAACAUGAAUUUGAACAUGAUAUGGAAUCUUUCCUUCAAACCGCUGAAAAAUUGAUCUUCCCUUACGAAUGGGACCAAUAUGAUGCUCUUGUUUUGCCAGCAUCAUUCCCAUAUGGAGGUAUGGAAAAUCCAAACGUAACAUUUGCUACCCCUACCUUGAUUCUGGGAGAUAGAGCUAAUGUUGAUGUCUUGGCCCAUGAAUUGGCACAUUCUUGGUCUGGUAACUUGGUUACCAAUUGUUCUUGGGAACAUUUCUGGUUGAAUGAAGGUUGGACCGUUUACUUGGAAAGAAGAAUCCAAGGUGCCAUCCAUGGUGAACCAACCAGACAUUUCAGUGCCAUUGUUGGAUGGAGUGAUUUAGAACACUCUAUCAAGGCUAUGGGAGAUGGUGCUACCCGUUACUCUACUUUGGUUCAAAACUUGAAGGAUGGUUCUGAUCCAGAUGAUGCCUUUUCUACUGUUCCAUAUGAAAAGGGAUUCAACUUGUUAUUCCACAUUGAACAAGUUGUAGGUGGUAAGGAAGUCUUUGAUGCUUUCAUUCCUCAUUAUUUCAACACUUUCAAGUAUAAGUCUUUGGAUACUUACCAAUUCUUGGAUACCUUAUAUGCUUUCUUUGCCAAGCAAAAGGAACAACUUGACACCAUUGAUUGGGAAUCUUGGUUAUACAAGCCAGGUAUGCCACCAAUAACACCUAAAUUUGAUACCUCAUUGGCUGAUCAAUGUUAUGGAUUAGCUGACAAAUGGUAUAAUGCUGUCAAAUCUAAUGCUUCUUUCAAUGAAACUUUCUCAGCAAAUGAUAUUGUUGAUUUCAACUCUAACCAAUCAGUUGUAUUUUUGGAUACUUUAGUUUCCCUUAACAAACGUGAAGACUUUAAAUGGUCUGAAAAUCAAGAUGCAUUAAAGGCAAUGAGUGAAAUUUACAAGAGCUACUCUGAAUCUCAAAAUGCUGAAGUAUUGUUCAGAUGGUUUGUUGUUCAAGUUACUGGUCAAAACACUGUAUACUACGAUCAAUUGGGUGAAUGGUUAGGUACUGUCGGAAGAAUGAAGUUCGUUAGACCAGGUUAUGUCUUGUUAAACAAGGUUGACCAUGAACGUGCUAUUACCUACUUCCGCAAGUUUGAAUCAAGCUACCAUCCUAUUUGUAAAGCUAUGGUUAAGAAGGAUUUGGGACUUUAG